UUUCAUGCUUACUUGUCGAUUUUUCACAAGUUGCCUCACUAUAAAAGGCAGCUGCAAUAGCUCCUAUUGCAACAAUAGCUUGUUAAUAGGCAAAAGUGCAAUACAAAACCUGGUAAGAAGACACCAAUCUAUUAAAAAACGUGCCAAUAAAGCAAAAGAAAAAAAGCUUAAAAUGUGCAAUAACAAUUGUCAAAACAUUCGUUACAUAAUUUUAUGCGCACUGCUUGGCCUCGCCUACUCACUUCCCAUCUCCGGUGAGAAUGAAAACAACAAUCUUGGGCCUACCGUAACCUCUACUACAGCAAAGCCGAAUUCACUUGAAGUGAAUCUACGACAUAGGCGCCAAUAUGUACCAGUACAAGAUUUAAAUUCAUUUUUGAUUUUGGAACCUAUCGUCGUCCAGCAACAGCCAAUUCCAUUUCUCACCGUAGCAAAUGUACACAAUCAACGUUCGCGGCGCACCUUGACUCAGGCGGAACUCGAUGAACCCGUCGAUGUGGACUUUGAUAUGGAGGUCGCAGAAGUUAACGUAUUUCGUCCCCUCUUCCGUUAUCGCGCUGAAGUGGCACGUAAUCUGGGACGUAGACAACAGCUUGGUUAACACUUUUUUAAAGUGCAACCAUUUUAAAACUAAGAAUUAUAAAUGUAUACAUAGUUUAAGUGAUUUUGAUACCUCAUUAAUCGAUAGUGUAAUCAAUAAGUGGCUGAAAACUUAAAAAUAUAUGCUUUUGUUUUCGUUAAAGUAACGUUAGUCAAUUUCUUCUGCUUCUGCCAUCUUACAUAUUCUUCGGUACUCGUCGGUAAGAAGAUGGAAUAACGAGCUGUACGAGCUUUUUAACGACAUUGGCAUAGUCAAGCGCAAACAAAAAUACAACGAUUGCGUUGGCUUGGAGAUGUUGUACGCUUGGAUGACGACGCUCCAGUGAAAAGAUCCUUCGACUCCGCACCCAUGGGUGAACAAUGAAUGAAAGGGCCAAGUGCAGAGGAACCUGUCGGCACUUGGGAUGAACAACUGGUGCAAAACUGCAAAGGAGAGAUGACACUGGCGAAACUUUCUGGUCUCGGCCCAAACCGACAAACGGUUGUAAAGCCUAAUAAGAAGAAGAAGAACGAUAGUAAAUUAUAGUGAAUAGGCAUAGUGUUAGUUGACUUUGACGAGUUGACCUUGACGAUUACGAAUGAUGGACGAAUCGGUUUGGGAGGGGCUAAAUAGCACCGCUGCAACAACAUAGAACCAAAGCUUAAACGUUUUUGAAAACGACUUCAGAAAGAGGUCAAAAUAUCAGCUAGUAAAUAUAUCAGCCUUAUCGUGAGUUUCGCUCGAAAAGCACUCAGCCACCCGUAGUGAAUGAACGGUAGGGUAUAGUAAAUACAAAAAACAGACAUUGAUGUUUUAUUUAAA